AUGGCGUGUCGUCCCUGGGGGGUUGCCAUGGUGAUGCAGUCUGCGUUGAGAGUCCAUGAUGAGAUGGACCGGGGCGACAGAAACACAACCAAGCUUCAAUCGCAUCUGCACACCUGUUCGCAAGGCAUCAUGGGAAAAGGCUCGGGGGAGGAGUGGGACGAUAAGAUUCCAGGAGAGACGUACCCAGACGUGGUUGAGUCUCAGCCCAAAAAGUCCCAGAAGGAGAAGUCCAAGAAUCUCGCAAGUGGUCGCCAUGUGCGGAAUGUGUCUGAACUGUUUCUUCUAAUCCGAGGGAGGAUCAUCUCAUCGCUCCACGUUGCCACGGUGACCAGGAAGAAGAAACUCGACCUUCAUUGCGCGUACGCCUCAGACUCGUCCUGGUUGAUGCGUGUCUCGUGUGAAGUCCAAAUCCGAGUGAGUUUGUGGUGUUUCCCUGGGAUCCCACACACUCUGAUCCUGCCUCGGAAAAGAGCGGUGGAUUUACAGCAGGUUGAGGCUGCCACACCGCACCACGCCACACCCCGGCUACGCAACGGCGGCGACAGAGCAGAACACGGAGCCACAUCCAGGGUGACGCCAAAGCAGCACCCGUGGGCGACUGUCGUUUGGAGGCCAUCCAGUGGACAGGUGGCCGCCGUGGUCCACUGCUCCCCGCGCACCUUCUUUGGGUAA